CCUUGAACAGGCUAGUUGCACCGAAUAGGCUGUAGUGGUGUUUUGGUUUUACAGUUUGUUGUGACAUCUACUUUGCGCUUACUGCACACUUAAUUCACCAAGAAAAUGAAACGUUUACUCUUCAAUUCCUGCUUGCCUACUUUAUUAUCACUACACAAUCAAAAGCAAACAAAGCAUCUCAAACCCUUAAUCACUACUCUAGUUAGUAAGAAAUACUCAUAAUAACUGAAAAAGAUAGAACAAAACUUUACUUAAAGCUGCAGUAAAUAAAGAGUUUAUUGAAUUAGAUUGGAUCUUAACAGUUGUUUUUUGUUAAUUUUUUUUUGUGGGUAGUUAAGCAUCUGAUUCCAUUGCUAUUUUGCUUUGCAAUCAUACCCAAAUCAAGGUACUUCAUUGUGCUAUGGGCAGAGGAAAACUUGAAAAUAUACUCAAGGAAAAAUAUGCAAUUGUAGUAAGGCAGCUUUACCGUCAUAGCUAUCAUCAAAAAGAGGGGAUUCCCGAGAUGUGUGAUUUGGAAAGCAACAUCAUAUUUUACUAGAGAUUCCGAUAAAAUAAGAAAAUAUCUAUUUGUAACGACCUAUUUGUUUAAAAAGGUUCUGAAACAUGCUUCUGGGAGCUAGAUUUUUGUCGAUUGAAAGCAGUAUAUGGCAUGCUAAGAGGAAAGUGACGCUGUGAAUCCAGACCAACCAAGUCUACAUGGGGCCACUGUUGCUCCUUAAAUUCAUUUUUUUGAGAAGCACAUAUGAAACUUACUGACCUGAUAACAAUGACACUCAGAGUCUAUAAAUAAAAUAUUUUUUUCUGGGGCUGUUAAUCAAUCUGCGUGAUGGAUAAGGAAACCCAAAAAGAAACAGUGAGUGGAAGUUCUUCACCGACUAAAACGGAUAGUUCAAGAGCUUCAACGUCGUCACGGAUUAGCUUUGAUGGAGAUCUCGGCUUGCCUGCUUGUCGUGUGUGUCAAUGUGUUGAAUCUGACAGAAGGGGGGAUGCUGCUCUGGGAUUUCUGGGGAUAGAUCCACCUCUACCGCAGUCACAUACUGCGGAAGAGCUGCCUGAGACUGACAAGAAAAAAGCCUUGAUUCCCGAUGAGGGUAGUGCAUCAAUAAUACCUGCUUGGAAAUUGGAGCCUGGUUAUGUACAGUUCAUCAGCCCUACAGGAGAGGUUUUUGUCUGUAAUACAGAUUUAGAAAUGGGUGGAUGUCACAAUUCAGAUACAUUAAUUGAACUCGGAUGUUCCUGUAAAAAUGAUCUUGCCCUUGUACACUAUGCAUGUGCAUUGAAAUGGUUUGUUAACCAUGGGUCUACUGUCUGUGAAAUAUGCGGGUGUGUGGCAAGUAAUAUUAGGACGGCUGACUACAAAAAGGUCCUUUCUUCAUUGAAAGAUUACGAGGCACUAAGAGAUAGGACAGCUAGUGGGAUGCCUAAUCCUGCACAGGUAUAUGAUAACUCUGGUGUUGAUCCAGAUGCUAUUGCUGCAAUUCGCAGACAGAGGCUAAGUGAGAUUUAUUUGUGGUUCAAUCCUCAUGGUAAUCACCAUCAUAAUAGUAACAUCGAAAGUGCCCCGGCAGUUCUGGUUGUCACAGAGCCACCUGCAAACACUGUUGUACAAGAUCAUGUUGCACCUCCUCAAAACCCAGCUACGAAAUGGGCUGUGGAAGGUACAGGGAUUUUGCUAGCGACGGGCCUGCUUACUGUCACUCUUGCAUGGCUCAUUGCCCCUCGUGUUGGUAAGAAAACAGCAAAGAAUGGUCUUCAUAUUCUACUUGGCGGUGUUUGUGCAUUAGCUGUUGUCGUCUUCUUUCGCUUUAUAGUGUUAACCAGAAUCAGAUAUGGACCGGCGCGAUACUGGGCAAUCUUGUUUAUAUUCUGGUUUCUUGUGUUCGGUAUUUGGGCAUCUCGGACACAUUCUGCUCAUACCACUUAAAUUGUCAUUGUCUCUGAUCUGUUUGUAAAGUUUUUUUUUUUCUUAAUCCCAAUUUUCGUGUACUGAAGCUGCUUAUUUAGCUGAAUAUUAUCUCUAUUUUUGUUCAUUAUAUAAUUCUUUUUUCUA